GUGUUCGCGAUUUGCAUGAGAACGAUGAUUCCGGACGUGGAACGGGGCCGCUGGAGCGCGAAGUCGAUGGAUGCAUUGAGAAGACUUAAGAUGGUGCAUCCCUUCGGAGAAGCGAUGGCGACGGGGAGCACGUGUAACGAGGCGGGGGUAUGCCGUAUGAAUAGAAGAGCGAAGAUGCACUCACAGGAGAUAACGCCGGAUCUUCAUAGGCGGGCUGCACAGGAGCGUGGGGUGCCGUCAUGCGUUUAAUUGACAGCGCGUGCGUUGAGCAGGCCAUCGCGGGUGACGAAGAGCGCUAUGACCACCGGAGACCAGGGCGGGAGACAUUGGCGCAGCGGGGCAACGUGGCCGCCAAGACGCACGACGACGAUAACAAGAGCGCAGCAACGGGUCGGCAGUCGGGCAGACGACGAACGCGCCCCAAAAGCCAUAGACGAGGGUUCGCGGCCAAAAUGGGUUGGCGAUCGAGAGAAUGUGGCGCGGGCCGGGACAGCCGAUUGGCCCUUGACGUCAGGCGGCAUAAAAUUGGUGUGGGUUCUGCUCCACUCUCGACGGUCGGCGGGUCGGCAAGCGUGCUUUUUGGGACACCGAUGGAUGCUGCAUUAAUGUCACCGAAAUGGCAAGCUUUCAACAAUUGCGCGUCUUGUCACCCACGAGAAUCGGAUUCCAGCUCUUUGCCCGCUCCCGGCAGCCUCGUUAACGACCACAAGGACGACCGAACGGUCGCGGCUUCGUUUGCUGUUUCUUAGCUUGAACUCUUUCUGCUUCGCUUCAUCCGCCUUCGACUUCCAUCUCUGCGCGUCUGUCGCGUCGCUCCUUGGAACGCGUCGCGACUGCCACCGUGG